AGUUCUGACACUCAGGAGGUCGUAAGCCCCUGCACACGUUACCAGUCAGUUUAUCUGAUAAGGUGCUUUAUUGGCAUGACAAAUAUUUGUACAUUCGUAUUGACAAAGCGUUUACAGCUGGGCUGCAUACAAAUAAAACAGUGCAAAACAAAGACAGUGCAAAACAAUUUACAUAAUAUAUAUAAAAAGACUAAGCAUACAAUGUACAAGAACUGUCUUGGUACUAACCGGAAGCGGAAAUAGCGAGGGAGCGGUUGACAUCUGCGGAGCUUCACGAGCAAAACAAUACAAUUCUGCAAAUAUGGAGCUGUGUGAAAUAUUAUACAAUAAGGCGGAAUACAUCGAGACGGCGUCGGGCAAUAAAGUGAGCAGACAGUCCGUGCUUUGCGGCAGUCAAAACAUUGUCCUCAAUGGGAAAACUAUUGUGAUGAAUGACUGUAUUAUCAGAGGAGAUCUUGCUAAUGUCAGAGUUGGGCGGCAUUGUGUCAUUAAAAGUCGUAGUGUAAUCCGACCACCCUUUAAAAAAUUCAGCAAAGGCGUGGCUUUCUUCCCCCUACAUAUUGGGGACCAUGUUUUCAUAGAGGAGGACUGUGUUGUCAACGCCGCACAGAUAGGUUCAUAUGUCCACAUUGGCAAGAACUGUGUGAUUGGUCGACGCUGCGUCUUGAAGGACUGCUGUAAGAUAUUGGAUAAUACUGUCCUUCCCCCAGAGACAGUGGUUCCACCAUUCACUGUAUUCUCUGGCUGUCCAGGUUUGUUUUCAGGAGAGCUCCCUGAAUGUACACAGGAACUGAUGAUCGAUGUUACCAAAAGUUACUACCAGAAAUUCCUCCCUCUCAGCCAAAUCUAGGACUAAACUUGAGUUAUGUGUCUCUCUCACUCUGUCUUUCUGGGACCAAAAGCACUAAUGGACUAUUUCCCCACCCCCCUUACUCUAGGUUCCAGUUUAUAUAUAUAUAUAUAUAUAUAUAUAUAUAUAUAUAUA